AUGACCCUGAGAUUUUGGCAACUCCUCCAUACUCGUUCUACCCAACCCGCCGUGUUAGAGAUGAAGCAUCGGGGUGUAUCACUGCAGGAUGUCACUAUUGCAUUGCGACCUUUUUAUUUUGCUGUUCAUCCGGAUCGAUUUUCCAGGAAUCCUCGGAUCAGAGCACAAAACGAGAAGUCACUUCAGGUUUUCAAUGGGUAUUUGAACGACUUGUUUCCUAUAUCAAGGAACAUCUGCCCGACCUCCAUCCGUUUUUCGAUUUUAAACAACGAGAAGGACGGUUUUGAAGAUAUAGAAAUCAUGCUUAGUGGAACGGAUCCCAUGAUUUUCAGACGAGCCCUUGAGAGCUGUAAAUUGCCUACAAACGAAAUUUUCCUUUACGAAUCAAAAACCGAAGGUGCUUGGGGGUCGAAGGAAAAUAUAUCUUCGUUUCAAGAAGCCUCAAACAUAAACCAAGAUCUCAUGGAAACUUACUUGCGGAAUAAGAACCGGGAACAUCUCAAAAAUGAUCUCGCAUCCAUUUUGAGGAAGUCUCGCAUGGAUGCUCUACGUAAAUCGAAGGAAGCCGAGAUCACAAAACUGUCACUUAAAGAUGAUAUAAACGAUAUCAAAUGGCGAACCGGUGCUAAAGAUGUGGUUUGGCAGAUGGAUUGGGAAGAGUCACAUAUGAAGAGAUGUUUGGGUAAUUUGAAAAGGCUUCUUAAUCAAGCUACACCGGCGACAAAACAAUCUAUUAUUCAGGCUCUGUACAAGAACAUCCUGAGGUUUGGACGCGGUUCUUUUGUGUGUUGUGAUGGUUCAAUUCAACUUGGAGCUGAUAAUGUGCCAGAACAAUGGGAGCAGGUAAGACAUGAGACUCGUUCAUAUUUGCCAAAACUAGGAGAUGCUGUUGCUGAAUUGCGACGUUUGCUUGCAGGAGCUGUCGUCAUCGUUCCACCACAUUAUGGCCUCCCUCAAACACUUCAGCAGAUUACAUCACUUACUGCGAGGUUGGUGAAUUCCUUGUUAGUUUCUCUUGGUGAUGUGGUAACAUCAUAUGAUGAGUUGGCAAUUGGUAGGGAUGGUCGACUUCUAAUUCCAUGCAAUGUGGAUAUUUUAUUGCUGUGUGGUUUUUUCAAAGAUUCCGCUGAAGCUUCUCGCUUAGCGGAGCUUGAGGUGAAUCGGGCUGAUUGUGAAUCUCACCUCAAACUAUCUUCAUUGGAAUGGGAGCUUGGAAUGCGUCCAGAGCAGGUACUGCAAUGCAUUCAUCGGCUACGUAGUCUAGACAACGAAGUACGAGAAAGCCUUCGAGGUUUGGGUGUAAAAUUAUCACACAAUCCCAAUGUGUACGUAAUGAGUGAUGGUAGGAUAUCUAUUCCGUUAAAUUGGAUAUGA